ACCAAGGGCUUAGCCAGGACAGUGCUUUUAUACAGUAUACCAUACGGAGUACUCUGUACAGUGAACCAAACUCUCAUUCAGCGUCAUCGCUCGUCAAUUCAACUCUGCCGAACCAAAUUCCGUGACCCCGCUGUCAACUCAUUGCCUUCUUUCAAUCCGUACCGUACAGAAACUACAUUACACUACUACACAUACACAUACACACGGCAUGGAGCAAAUACCCUUCAACCAGAUCAGCCACCCUCGUUCAUCAUCCUUUACGAACGCAGCCUUCCAGCCCGACUCGACAUUCCGAGCGCAAGUACAGGGGCUGGUGCCAGCUCAAUCCCAGAACACGAGCCUCAACUCCACUGCCACUGCCAAUAUGCCCAGCAACCCGAGCAUCGGUGCCAACCCGUCGCAGUCUCAGAUCCAGCCUCAGUCACAGAUGCAGUCGCAGACACAAAUACAGCCCGAAAACGAGUCAGACACACAAAAAGGUGGACCAACGGCUACAGCGCCGUUCUUGCGGGACUUUAGCCUCGUAGCGGAAGCGGCGAAGCGGGCGCAGAUGGCUGUUGUUAUGCGGGAUUUGGAGGGGAUUUCACUAUAGCCGAUAGACGGAUCUGAAUAAACACGGAGUUGGUUUACUCAUUAUUGUUGGAUAAGGCGUUGGUUAUGUUUUUGGAUACGAUUACGAUUACGAGAUAUGGACAUUUCA